CAAAUAUUCGUACGCAAACGCGGGAAGUGGAAAAUGGCGGCGAACCUCAGCAAAGUGGCUGUAAUGGGUUCGUGUAUCAACGGUCACGUAGUGCAAAACGAUAGCGCUAUGUCGGAGCCAAUAACGGGGCAAGAAAAAGUUGCUAUUCUAGAUGCUGGGGCGCAAUAUGGAAAGGUAAGAUCUCCGUUACUUUGCUCAAGGAACGACCAAUAACUUUGCUUAUCUUGAAAUGCAUGGUUGUGUUGUCGUGUCAAUUUCAGUUACUUUUUAAAUAUCUUUCAGAUUCCUUUUCGGUCGGCACCGCUAAUCACGAUAACAUCGAUCGAUUGGUUUUGUUUGGACACAACACUAAGAAAGAAAAUCAUCCAGUUUUAUUUUUUUCAUGAUGUUGAGCCAAGUUAAUCUUCAAGCGAUAACAGACGAGUCACAGUCAUCCUUGUCUGCAAGAAAAAAAUAUUAAGCUUAUACUCCAAUAGUAUUACAUGUCUUACAUGUACGUCAGCUUUUUUAAGCAUAAUUCAUUCAUUUCGUCAAAGAAAACAGCUGGUUGUUCGCUAUGAGUGGUAUCUUAUUUUCUCAUUUAAAUAAUUCCUUGUGGCCGGCUGCUCCCAAGAUCGAAUCAGGUAAUGUUAGCUGGUAUCUGAUCCGAUCUUGAUCAUGUACCCUACUGACGCCAAGUUUAAUUUUUGGUAAAAAAAAAAAAAAAAAAACAUAUAUUUUACCUCAAACACAAAUCUUCCAACGUACUGCAGGAGAUAAGCUGCAAAACUAGAACUACAACAAAACAUUUUACUGUAUAGAUGUUUUUUGGUUCAAUUUCAUUCUUUCUUUUCUUUUUUCGAGCUAAUUUGCCACAUAACUAGAAAUACGUACCUCGUAAUUACCCUCACAAAACUCGGUUUGGUAACGGCACUCAAGUUAAGCCCUGUCGGUCGGGGUUAAGAACUGGAUGGGUGACCCAGCGCGAAUAUCGUCUUAAAGGUCCAUACGUUGUUGCCAUACCCAGAAACAAAUAUUUAAAAAAAUCAAAUUUAAACCAAACGUAAGCUAAACUUAAACUACACCUCACAUGUACCUUUUUUGUUAAAUCAUUUCUGCAAGAUUCACAUUAUAGGUAUGAAUUAAAAUUUCAGUUUAUUAAAAUUAAUGUUCUGUCAUUAGGUCAUAGAUCGUAGAGUGAGAGAACUGUGUGUGGAAACAGAAAUUCUUCCCCUGGACACACCUAUAUAUACCAUACAAGAGAAAGGUUUUAGGUAAGAAGAAAACUUUGCAGGAUGUUACGUGUACAGCUCUUAACUUUAAGGAGGCUGCUUGGCCGAGUGGUCGAUGCAUCAGACUCGCAAUCCAGUGGUCCCUGGUUCGAGUCCCACUGUGGUCACUUACUGAAUUUGUUCACAGCUGUCCUGAGUUGAAAUCCUUGGCCACGCUUGUAAAUAGCCGACUGGUUGGCUCCUUCCAGCUGGGAUUCUGAACCAUAUUAUGUUCAUUUCAAUUUGUUUGUUUUGUUAUCCUGAAAAGCGCCAUAAGGGGAGAGGAUACAUUUUUUAAAAAGUAUUUAUCAUUGUAACUAUAAUUAUUAUUAUUAUUUGUCUUAUAUUAGGCAGUAGUGUGCUUUGGCAAUUUAUUGUUCUCAUGGCAAUGAAUCAGGAUUCAAAAGUCCUUGUGGCCAAAGUCAAACUUCCACAAAAAUUCCAAAUGCCAUUGUUUAAGAUGUGGAAAAACAAGUAGUAUAAUGUAACAGUAGUGCCAUAGGUUUUAUUUUAUAGUCAAGCCAGGUGAAGCGUAAGCUCAUUCUCCAGGGUGUCUAUGCGCCCGCGGUACUCCCCACCUGACUGGUCACAUCAAGACACCCAAGGCUGGAGACUGAACCUUCCCUGUAGGUGAAGCGUAGCCCCUGAGAUUCUAUUUUAUGAAUUUAUUAUUUGAAAGUUGAAUGACUACUGCUCAGGUUGUUCAAACGUCAGUCACCGUCAACAACAGUCCUAUUCAGGACUACACUCACAGGAACGAUCAUGCUUCACCUACAUGUACUUAUGAAAUGACUCCUGGGUUCAAACCUUUCACAAAGUUGAAUCCAUCAGCAGUUGUAGAUUUCAGAUUCAGUGCAUCUCGGCAUUCCUGCGUGCAUAAUGGGCAGUGAAGUCACACCGGUGGUAGUUUGUCAGUUUUCUUGACUUUGAUAAAAAGUUUUUCAAAGCAAUUUUAUCCAUUCAAGGAUUCUUCAUUCUUACUCAAUACUGAGAAGUUGUAGCCAAAAAUUCACUGCUCAUUAUGUAUGCAGUAAUGCAGAUUUAAAUUUGAUACUGGUUUUAGCAAUGACCAAUGGAUUCAUUUGUCAUAUAAUUGAUUCAUUAUGGAAUCUAGUGGAGUACAUUUGACCUUGCUUGUCUGUAAUUGCAGGGUGCAAAGAAAGUCAGUUUACAGCUUGCUAUUCGGGCAAGCUGUAGCUAGCAUGUACUAGCCCGAAAGUCAUUUCAACUAGCCUCAAAAAAAUUUGAUGAGUAGGAUUGACUACAGUUCUUCUGGAAUUUGAAUUUCCCCCAAAAAAAUUCACCUGCCCAUCGUGUAAGUUAAGAACAGAAUUCACUAGCCCGACAGCAAAAUCCACUAGCUCCAGGCUAUCGGACACCACUUUCUUUGCACGCUGAAUUGUUACACUGUAGGACUUUAUCAGUAGACUCUAAAAUGAUAGAACCAUCAUAAAAGACUCUGACCUAGUGUUCUCUCUGGCUGUGCCUGUUUUCUCACCAUAGGGCUAUAAUAAUAUCUGGAGGACCCAACAGUGUUUAUGCCGAAGAUGCACCCAAGUAUGAUCCAGCUAUUUUUACCAUUGGACUGCCAGUCCUAGGCAUAUGCUAUGGAAUGCAAGUAUGGCUAGAUGGAUAUAAGUAAUUUGUUGAAAUGUAGAAGUAGUUAAAACCCAGGUUAAUCAAACUCUCUAUGGGAAAAAUUACUUUGAUUUACUUUGGCAUUUGAGUUAACAAGGUUCUACUAGUAUUCUACGGCAAAUAUCAGCACUUUCACAUGCUUUUUAGCAGUUAGGUAAUGGUAUACAUUGUACAUGUUGUUCAUAGGAUUUUUCUUUGAUAAAUGAGGCGGGAGAUGUGAUGAGGAAGAGACAAAAAAAAUUGGGUCGUGUAGAAAUAAUUUUUUUACCAGCAAACAAAGCUAUUAGCUUACCCUUAUGUUACUUCUGAUCUGUAGACUAUUGUCUAUAGGGGUAACAAAACAUGUAAAUAAAGUCAUCAUCAUCAUUGUUAUUGUGUUUUUGUCUUGUAACUUAAGAUGCUAAACAAAGAGUUUGGAGGAAGUGUGAUGAAAAAAGACAUCAGGGAGGAUGGAGUAUUCAAGAUAAAUGUGGAAACAUCCUCACUAAUUUUCAGGUACGGGAUGGUAUACAUAGUUGAGUACUUCGUAACUCAAUGUUAACGCAAUAAAGCAAUUCAAAGGCCUUUCUCAGCUCAUGUAUUUUGUUCAUUUAAAUCAGUGAGAGAUCUGGAGAGAUCUCAUUACCAUUAGAGACUUUGGAGUAGAUCUUCACAUAUACUAUACCUUCCAGUUUUAGUUUCAAAAAAAAAAAUGCACAGAAAACAGUAUACUGUUCAAUAGUCGUUACAUGUACAUGUAUAUUUGUUGAUGUUGAGGUUUUUGGGAAUAAUACAACUGUAUAACCAAUAGAGAAUUUUUUGAGAAGUGACCGAUUUUCAUUUCAUCUGCAUAAUUAUAUAGAACAAACAGUGUAUUUAUUAUUUCUUUCUUUACAAAUAGAGGUUUGCAGCCUGAGCAAGAAGUAUUAUUGACUCAUGGAGAUUCUAUUGAUCGAGUUGCUAGCAGCUUUAAAGUCAUUGCCAAGUCUGGUGAUAUUAUUGCUGGUAUGUAUGUUGUAGUUAAUUUUUUAUCUCUGGUAAUUAUUUGUUUUUGUUUUGUUUUUUGGUAUGGUAAUGAAUGCUAAUGAAGUUGAAACAAAAGAAAAAUAAAAAUUACCUGAGAUAAAAAAUGAACUGCAACAAGUAUAUUAUUACACAUUUUACAAUAACAUAUUAUAAUACAUGGUAGAUGGUCAAAUCAAUCUUUUGUGCUGACACAUGUUUGUUCUCUAAGUAUUAGUAGUAUUAUUGUUAUUAUUAUCAUCAUUAUCAUUAUUACAGUAUUAUUAUUAUUAUUCCAAGUUUGGCUUUGUGAUGCAGACACCAGAACAUUAUUUUGGCACUGUCAGGGAUUUGGUCUCAGGUUAACUAUAUUAACUGAAUUUUUUGAGUGCUUUUUAAGGACUAGUACAGUGGAACCUCGAUUUAUUAAUAAAGGGCCAAGGGACUGGCAAAAUUUGUUCGCUAUAACGAGGUUUCAUUUAAUCAAGGUUCUUUUUCAUAUAUUUUACUGUUACUGAGGAAAAGAAAAUCGUUUGAGGAAAAGAAAUUCAUCCCAUCCUAAAAGUUCAUCACCUACAUGUCCAUAUACAUUUACUGUCAUCAUCAUCCAGGGUUGUGACUAAAAUUUUAAGUUGCCGCGUAAAUACAACAAGGAAGUGGGGAAUCAAACAGUUAGGAAUUUCUUUUAGUUCUAUUUUUCCUCUAUUUUCCAAUAAAAGUAGCCGGGCACCACACUCAUAGUAUCCGGGGGAAAUCCCCAGCCCCUGGCUCUUAAUGACAGCCCUGAUCAUCACAGUAGACAAUCACAACUCCAUAGGCAAACCAAAGUGACACAAUAGGGCUGCACGGACCCAACUAUAAUUGUACAUUGUAUCUGUUUUUGUGGAAGUGUCAUUAGUUUAGAAGUUUGAUUUUCCUGGGACCAACAGAAACAUCCAUAACAAAGAGAUGUCUUUAAGGAGAAGUUCAACUCUAUACGUACAACAUGUGUUAACUCUUUGUAGGCAUUGAGGAUGAAUCACGCAAGUUGUACGGAGUACAGUUUCAUCCAGAAGUUGAUCUUACAGAGAAUGGCAUAACAAUGAUCAAAAAUUUUGUUUAUGGGGUGAGUAUACAUUAACGUCACCUUUUAUUUUGAAAUUUUUUUAUACCAUUGUGGGCUGAAGAUGGGUCCGUAGGAAAAGAAUGACUGUUGUAAAGUUGAUGUGAUAAACAAUUAUCAAAAUAAUUAAUAUGUGUUUUAUCUGUGAAUUUGCCAGUUCUGAUGUACAUGUAUCUUAGUUUUUACUCAUCCAAGUACCACUGGCUGAGGAAGAGCAUCGUCUAUGUCACUCUUAAAAGAUAUCAGCUACUUUUUUUCUUUUAAGUUGAAGUACACGUAAUGUACAGUUUAUGAAGAAUUAUCUCAGACCUUGUUGUUAAAGGCAGCUACCAGCUACUUUUUUUAAAGCUUUGCUCAUGUCAAUACUUGACAUGCAGACCUUGGUAUCAUUUCACCAGUUUAAAUUAAUAGUCACACUUCACUGUGGCUUUGCCUGAGGCAAAUAGCUGCACAAAACUGAAUCAUUUCAACGUAAAGAGAAGUAUUACUUGAUAAAAGACACUAAUUCCAUGUUUAUAGAACGGCAUUGACUAUCAGUAUUACAGAAUAGCCAAUCUGGUGCUUGUGUUGAUAAAAGUAAUAAUAAUAAUGCCCUUUUACAUCAAGAGUGCUUAACACUUUAAGUGCCAGUAGUGACAAAGAUCAAUUUUCUCCUAACAAUAUCCAUACAUUGUCAACAGAUAAGUUAUGAGAAUUAAUAAAAUGAUCACCCAAGCAAACAUGCUUUGAUCUUUUAUCAAAUUCUCUCAACUCAUUCUUUAAGGAAAUGUAUGGAGAUCAGUUUGGAGAGUUUGUAUGUGGAUACUGGGGCUUAAAGGGUUAAAACCUGGCAUGCCAGACUUGCUUUUAUACAAGUACAAUGAGAAAAGUUGCUUUUUCUUUUUUUUUCUUUUUAUUUUUUUAUCAGGUUGUGGGUUGUUGUGGGACAUAUACGGUAGAUUCCAGAAUGGACACGUGUAUCAGACAAAUUAGAAAGACUGUUGGCAAUAUGAAAGUUUUAGUAAGUACUUUUUGUCACAAACUUUGCUUAAUUGUGUACAAAAUAGAAGAACACACUCCUAACAGACUAGUGAAGUUUGUAUGGGACAAUGUUGACUGAACAGAUCUUAGCCUUGUGUCCUGCAUCCUUGCAUAUUUUGUAGAAGAAAUACAUGUACCAUCAUCAGCAACUUGCCAGAGGAGAGAGGGCCUGGGAUCUACUGAAAAUCAGGCUAAUGUGCAUCUUGGGUUAUUACACUUCUCAAACUCAUUAAUAAUUUAUAAAAAAUACAAAGGAAAUUAAUGUUUAAUGAGUGUUUGGAAAUCACAUGAAAAACUGCUGAUUUUUGCAUCCUUAAUUUCCCCUUCUUAAAUCGUUUUGUUUGAGAAGUAAUAUCAAGCAUUUGACACAGUGUUUCAUCAACAGAUGAAACACUUCAUCAGUGUUUCAUCUGGCAGUGAAACACUGCAUCUCAUGCUUGAUAUAUUACAACAAGAAUGUGCUCUAAGAACUGCACAUGCAGGAAACCCAAUGCUCUAAACCUGAGAAAUCAAGAGAGCUGCUAGCCUUUGCCAUAGAUGAAAUUUAGUCUGUCUUUCAGCCAGCCAAAUCCUUCUUCUGGGCCCCCUGCUGUGUAUGAGAAUUUGGGUACCGUAAAUUAUCGAUUAAGUGCCGUGGCGCUUAUUUCAACUAUGGGUAAAACACUGAGGGGAAUAUAGAGAGAAUUAAGUGAGGCGCGAACUUGGUAUGCACAAUAUAGUACAAAAUAUGUAAACCUUAAACUGUUUCAAGAGUUACCCUACAUUAAAAUGUUUGAACUCACGAGUUGGUCGAGGUCUUAUUUCUCAAGCGAUGUCAAGCACCGUAUCGAAGGUGGGACGUUAAUUUGUAAAUAUUCAAAUUAGUGCCGCGGCACUUAUUCAAGAGUGGCGCUUAUUAAAUUAAUCUCAUGAAAGGUGCGGCACGUAUUCGAUCAUUUACAGUAUGCACCGUGAUCUUAUUGAGGGUGCUGAGCUAUUGUUUGAGAUUUUUGUAAUUCUUAAGCUUUCCUACAUGUACAGUGUAGUCUCCCAAAGGGAAAAGAAAGCCACCUGGAGUGUCUAGAGCUGCUUCAGAAAAGUCCUGUACAUGUACAUGUAUCAAUCAUUAUUAAUUCUGAAGGGUAUUGCAGGAUCUACCGUAUAAUAUUAUUGUGCUGAUAUAGGAAAGCUGUAUUGUUCAAAUUUAUCCAGGACUGAAAACUUGAUAAUCGUGGCUGGUUUUAUUUCAGGCGCUAUUAAGUGGAGGAGUGGAUUCAACAGUCCUUGCCGCUCUUCUUCAUAAGGUACUUUCGUGAAAUAAUAGGUUGCAUUUCUGUUUCAUUAAUGUCACCCAACCGCCGAUAGCUACAACACUUUACAUUGUAUAUGUAUAUUUGAAACAUUCUGGUUUUGAACAAAAAGAAAAAGUUACUUAAUGUACUUAAUGUACAAAUCUUAACUGCUAAGUCAUGGUUUUAAUUAAUGGGAGCCCAUGAGCUUUCUAGGUUUACAUUGUACUUAGAAGUUUAAGGGCACUUACCAAAAGUCAGAACUGGGCGUCCAGACUGUUCAUCUUUAAAAGAACAAAGAAGUAUGCUCUUUUCGAGAGUUUUCACCAGAAAACCAACAAUGCUGUGCACAGAAAUUUAGAUGAGAGUAAUCUGGCUGGACGGAUCUGAUUAACGGUGGAAUUUUCUUUAGCGAUAGACUAGUUGGCGGGGCAAUUCUGACUAAAUGAAAGCAGCCUUAGACUGAAGCAUUUUGAACUCACUUGUAAAUCUCUAUGUCUUCUUUUAUUUUGUUGUUUCCAGGCCCUAGCGCGUGACCAAGUUGUUGCAGUGCAUGUAGAUAAUGGUUUCAUGAGAAAAAAUGAAAGUCGCCAAGUAGAGGAAUCACUGAAACGACUUGGAGUUAAAUUAAAGGGUAACAGCAAUUAAUACACUCUAUCUUUUUUGCGUAUUUCAAGAGUCCUUAUAAAAUCCUUAAACCUCGCGAUGAACAACAGUGUCUAUCGAGAAACGAGUCAUAAACAAACUUUAUCAAAAUCCCAAGAGUUAAUCCUCUAAUAAGAAUUUGACCAACAAUGUCAUGUAUUGAAUUUCAUUUUGUAAAAUACUGUAAGACGAAUAGUGCCAUGUGAAAGUAAGACUGUAGACGUUUUUCGUUGAUCUUCAAUAUGUUAUCUUGUUUUGUUUUACAUUUGCAUGAAUCGGUCAAGAACUUAUCUCGCAUCCGCUAGUUCGAGAACCUCGGUCGUUCUCUUUUCUUUGGGCAGUUCUACAUGUAAAUGUUAUGCUACAUUGUAUAGUCUUACAACAGCUCCAUACGUCACGAACAACAUUUUACCUUUGCUCGUCAAUAACACAAAGUUAUCGUAAAGUCAUAAAAUAUGUGGUAAACAUGAGUUCUUGUUUUAUGAUAAUCACAUUGUCUCUGUGUUACUCUUCUCCAGUUGUAAAUGCUGCCCUUCGGUUUUACAACAGUUCCACAGUGAUAUCUGGUAGAAAAGAUCAACCGGCCGUCAAAAAGCAAAUCACGAAAACUUUAAACGUUACAACCAAUCCUGAAGAAAAAAGAAAGAUCAUAGGAGAUACUUUUAUUAAGGUACGAACUUGUUGUUUUCUGCCCAAUGUUUGAGUUUAAGUACGAAUGUAAAGGUGCGCUCGCUCUGCGGGCGCUCAUAUGUGGACAAAAAAUACCCCCGAAAUUGCGCCCCCUUUGAAGUGGAGUUCGAUCUGGAACAAGCCAUCUUGAAUGCUUGAACCUUCAACAUCCCACGUUUUAAAAACAGGGAGAUUGGUUUCUGCUGUUUUUCUUUAUUUCUUGCCUAGUAAGAAGUUGUAAAUACUAUUUUCUUGGUAUGGCGGUGAAGGUAUUUUGGUCAGUUACCGGUUGUAGACCCGGCGGAAGUGCAACCAGGGGCGCUUUCCAUUUAGGCAAAACUUCCGGUUGGAAAUUCCGGAAACAUUCCGGGUUAGAAGGAAAGGCUUUCCAACCAUAGAGCCUCGUUUGCAAUCUCAUUGCUCGUGUGAAUCAAAAAUCUAAAAGCGAAAGUAAUUUUCAAUGACUGUGGCAAUAGCAGCAGUUUGUUGCUGUUUUGUUAGAAGAAAUUACAACAGAUUUCAAAGGACUAUUUUCGGCGGAUUCCAUUUUGAACGAUAAGAUAAGAGUGAAAAGAAAAACUGCAACUGCCCGUGAACAACGCUCACCGGCAAACAUUGGAAAUGGCGGGAAAAAUUCAGGGCGCCAGCCGCCGGCCGACACAGAAUUGCGCAAAUGGAAGUGGAAUACCUCGGAAGGUCGUUCGGUUGUUCCGAAGAAUUCCCGGUCGAACUGCACGUUCAAUUUGCAUUUAAACCGGUCGAUCCGGUAAUUUUGCCUAAAUACAAAGCGCUUCAGACUGGUAUUACCACGUUAUGCCGUGGAAGAAGUGAAACUUAACAAUUAUAGAUUUGAAUUUGCUGUACGGGUGCGUGUGUUCUUUCAGGUUAUGUUACACAAAUCAAAGAGACAAUUUUUAACUGUACAAUCUUUUGACUGCAGAUCGCUGAUGAAGUUAUCAGUGAGCUUAAUCUCACAGAACACAACACUUUCCUGGCACAAGGUAUUUCCUUAAUCAUUAUUUCAUUUCCAGUACUAGGUGUUAGUACAAUGUAUCUUCAACCAUCUUGACCAUACAGGACAUCUGCGAACUCCCUUCAUACAACUUCAUUAUUUUCUCCACUAGUAAGGGAGGACAGGCGGGGAUGGUAACCCGGGAGAAAGGGGGGAGGGGUAAGGAGGCGAGAGAAAAAAGGGUAGUCUAAAUAAUAGAAAGAUUAAAGGGAAGAAGCCAAGGAAACAAGAGGUGGGAGCCGGUUAUGCAAUGUACGGGAGGCUGGGGGAGGGGUUGGACCUCCUGUCCCCACGCCCCGCUCUUACAAAACGAUGCCAAAACGAGUGUUUAGCCUCAUGAAUUCUUUAACCUGCAAGAUGGAAACUCUUGGAAGAGGGGAGGGAAUCCUACAGGCUAUUUAUGCUUUUGUUGUUGUGUUUUAUGCCGUUAUAGGUACCCUUCGACCAGAUCUCAUUGAAAGUGCGUCAUCACUAGCAAGUAGCAAAGCCGACGCUAUCAAAACUCACCAUAACGACACGGAAUUAGUUAGAAAUUUACGAGCAAAGGUGAGCGCACAAAAAUCUUCGAGAUAUUCCUUCGCAAAGUCGCGAGAUUAUUACAGACCCCAGACGUUUGCAAGAGACUAAUCGGCUCGUGACUUUUUGUUCAUGUACAUGUAUGGUAGGUACGUUGCAGUCUCCCAGGCAGCCGUUUUUUGGAUGUCACGCAUCACUCCCCCUUUUUUGGGAGGAGCGUUGCGUGACAUCCAAAAACCGCUGCGAGGGAGACUAUAUGGUAGGGGAGCUCUCCACGAUACAAACGUCUGAAAAAUAUAACGCACUUUAUUUGAGUGUCAACGUGUUUAGUACGAAAGUUCUAGAGGCGCCCACUAUUUUUGGGACCGCAAUUUUACUUGAUUAUCAGAGCCAGGCGAAUGUCUGCCAUUUGCAUGACCAAGGCAGUACUUCUUAGUUUGUUAGACCCUGAAGGGGAAUCGGGAAUCGAACUUCCGACCACGCGCUCUGUAGUGAAGUGCUCUACCGACUGAGUAUAGGGAACUUAAGCACCAGACGUUCUUGGUACCACGGACGCCAACCGGAAGUAUUUUUGCAGCAUGACAGUCAUUGCGCAUGUCAAGACGUUCUUGAGCUGCGGUUACGGACUUCAAAACGCGAGUUCUCAGGUUGAAACCAGAGGUUCCAAUUCUGUGUUCUUCGAAGAGUGAAAUUCUCCGUCUGAAAUUAUGUUUUCUUCGUAAGAAAGAAACAAAACUUAACGCAAAUCUUUGAAAGGCAUUUUCAACUGAAUUAUUCUGUCGGCGUUCGUGAUGGUUUCACGUUGUUUUGCUUAAUGAUUUGCAUUUGGCAUGCAAACCGCGUCCCCGAUCCAGUUCUGCGCGGGCAGCUAUGCCGUUCGUGAAUCAAGAACGUCCGGUGCUUAAAUUCCCUUAUAUCCUGCAUCGGCGACUUUGUCGAGGUUUUCAUCAAUCGCUUAUUUGAUAACCUUGAAUGUGGGAGAAAAAAUUACGGUGUUUUAUUAUGUGCAAAUUCUGGAAAAGUAUUGAAUUUUGCGUGCAAAAAUCUGUACGAACGUUUUGAAUAAAAGCCCCUAGUAAAUGAACAUUGCACUGCAAUAAACUGCAAGUUCAAGCAACGCGGGGUAAACGAGCCAACUUUGAGAUAAACGCCUAGGACCUUUAAUAUUUAGAAGAUAUAGUACCCGACCGAACUUGAAAUACUUGUUUUUAUUUCUUUCCAGGGACGAGUUAUCGAACCAUUAGCAGAUUUCCAUAAAGAUGAAGUCAGAGCUCUGGGGAAAGAUCUAGGUCUACCAAUAGAGAUGAUUCAAAGACAUCCAUUUCCUGGUAAGUUAUUGUCUUUGUUUGCUUUGCUUUGUUUUUUGCUGUCGCUAUUGUAGCUUUUUCAAUUUCUUAGGGUUUUAUCCGUUUUUCUUUGACCUUUUAUUUUUUAUUUCCAUGACUAAUAACACAAAUGUCCGAAAUUUAAAUGUAUUUCUGAUCCCUGAAAUAGAUGACUUGUGCACUGUAUAGAAUUUACCUUGAAAGACGUAGCGAUAUUAAAUCUGGUCCUUUAAAAGAAAACAUUGCGUCAAAAGCAAUGCUUGCAUCUCACAAUGUAGAAGGAAUAAAAUAGAUAUCCUUUUAAAAUCCACAGACUUCAACAAAUCUCUGGGCGCCAUCUUGAAAGUUCUUUUUUUAUCUCCUUCAGGUCCCGGGUUGGCCAUUCGCAUCCUUUGCGGUGAUGAACCUUACCAAGGCAACGAUUAUGCUGAAACAAAUAUUGUUUUGGGGCAGAUUGUAGACUUUGUUACUGCCGUUAAAAAGGUAUGUGAAUGACGCUUUGUACCGGUAGAAUAAACAGACGCUUGACGCUCGGUUCAUUCAAUUGAAUGCGAGAGGCUUAUUCGGCCUAUAUAUUAAAGUUACUCUGUUAGUAAAUGUUAUAUGCAUUUAUAUGUAAUUUAAAAAGUGAAGAAGUUAUUCCCUGACUGCACAAACAGCUGUUACGCACUCAUGAAUUGAAUUCAUUGACACAUCUUAUAAUGGUAACAAAAAUAUUCAUUAAAAAACAAUAGACAAAUCAUGAACAAAAGUGCCGUGUUAAUAACUUCAACCUAAACUUCUAUUUUCUAAACUGCUACGCAGCUUAAGGGAAAUUCUUUCGUCAUUUGUUUAUCAUACAUCUUAUAAUGGACAAUUUUAGCGCGCUCUGGUUCGAUCUGUGCGAGACCAACAAGAAAGCAUAGAGACGAAAAGCGGUUUUUUCGAAUUUCCAUACUUGCGUCGUUAAUUUCCGUUUUUGUUGGUAUAUUUUUUAAGUCGGUUGCAUAGAAACACGGGUGAUACUUUUUUGGAUGCUUUAUGCUUUGAUUGUAAUUGGCCGCUCCAGAAAAUACCAUAACAUACCACAAUACUCUUUGUUGGACACUCCAAAAUUUUGCAAUGACAAUGACAAUGCUUAUGCAAAAUUUUGGAGUGACCAACAAAGAGUAUUAUGGUAUGCUAUGGUAUUUUCUGGAGUGGGAAGGGAACUGGAGCCGAAAAUGCGUCCCGCAAUUGUUUCUGGGAUCGUUCCUGGGGACGUGCCGGUCAGCUAUUGGUCUCCAGAAACAUUCCCAGAAGUCUUUGCAAAGGUUAACUCGACCCAGUCUCUUUCUCGUUUCUAAAGUGGUGAACUCCUAUCUUUUGUGCUUAGCCUCAUUCACUGUUCAGUCGAGUUAAACUUAGUACUUCAGAGGACGACAGAGAAAAUCUAUUGGAGAUCACAUCAAAGUACAGAAUCGGCGCCACUCUCCUGCCAAUCAAAUCUGUGGGGGUCCAAGGAGAUGGCAGGACUUACAGCUAUGUUGUAGCGUUAUCAAGCAAUGAUUCACCCGACUGGCUUUCGCUGCUGUUCCUUGCUAAACUGAUACCUAAAGUUUGCCAUAAUAUUAACAGGUAAAUUCUUUCUGUCUUCUAAUAUUAACAAUAACAGUGUAUUACAUUUAACCGAUCAAGGUAACGAGAAGUAAAGAGAUGAACCUUUUGCGCAUUCCGCCUCAAGGUGGAUUUUCGCUGUCGCGUAAUUUUUCCAUGCGUACGCGCGUAAAUAAAAUAGAGACAUGUAUGGAAGGCGACAGAGCUGCGUGAAGAUUGGAGCAAGUCAAAUUGAGGGAUUUUCCCUCGCGGCUCAUUUCGCGUGGCGGCUCCGCCGCUAAGAAAGUAGAGACCUUUAGAUUCGAGAACGAGAACGACUACGAGUACGAGAUUUGAUUUAAAGAUUCUUCGCGUCUUGUCAAAAAAAAAACACCGCGGAAUACUUCAUUGUACUGUUUUUCACCUGAAAAGUUAGCACUGUUAUCGGUUUUGAAGGAGGUUGAGCCCUCUCCCGAUUGCAAAAUACUAAAACUUCUAACAUUUGAUAACCUGUUCCCGCCACUACGACCCUCUUGCUAAAACUCGUAGUAGAAUGACGACGGCUACCACGUUUUCCCGGCAAAAUGACGCUGGCUCACGCGCGAACACCAUUUGCUAUUGACAAAAUCUCGUACUCGUAGUCGUUCUCGUCUUAGAAUCUAAAGGUCUCUAGUACCUCGGACACAAGUAAUCCCGCCAGCUACGCAGGCUAGGGUUUUGGGACUUGGCAAUGACCUAUUGUGUUGAACGCCCGUGCAAACAUUCUCUUACUGCGGCGGUGAUCGGAAGAAGGUAAAUCUAAUCAAUAAUAAAUUACAACUUAUUUGAGUUUUGUCACUUUUCUUUCAGAGUCUGUUAUACUUUCGGGAAAAGGAUCAAGUUCCAGAUUCAGGAAAUUACUCCCACAUUCUUGUCAACAGGCGUGAUUGGUACAGCGAGGCAAGCAGAUCACGUGGCCCACUCUGUACUUCGGAACCACGGUGUGUAAACUUUACAAACUCAAUUUGAAGAACUUAACAGCGGCGUGGCACCCAAAUGAAGCAUGUGGUAAAGCAUUUAAGCCACAUGGCACUUCAAUUGCUGCAUGAACUUAGAUCCCUGAGACUGUAGUCUGCGAAGUGAUGUGUUCAUGCCUGAUUCUAUUGCCUGCAACACCCAUAAUGUUGUUUAUACUCUUGUACACUACAUAGUUUUUACCCUCGUUAAAAUAGUCAGUGCGUUUCUGUGGUAUUCUGGGGAAGUGCUUCUCUGAGGUAACCAGGGGGUUGUUGGAUUUUGUGCCUUUUUCCCAGCCAAUCAGGAGAAAACCCCAAACAAAUCACGUGACUUGCUCACACGCGUUUUCCCGCCGGACUGUCACUCGCGGCACGCAUCAUCUUCAAGAUACAAUUGGUUCAUUUGAAUGUCUGCUCGUGUCAUGAUUGAUCAGAAACAUUGCUAAGGUUUUGCUUUUACGAUGCUCAUUUGAAAACAGCCCUAAUAAUUGAUCACUGCAUUAUUCUCGCAGGUUUAUUGGCUCAGAUCAGCCAGAUGCCCAUCGUGUUAAUACCCGUUCACUUUGACCGUGAUCCGAUAGACCACAUUCCAUCGUGUCAGCGGUCUGUGGUGAUAAGAACGUUUAUAACAAAUGAUUUCAUGACUGGGGUACCCGCCACACCAGGAAAACACAUCCCUAUAGAGGUAAGCGACUCUGAUAUCUAUGAGGGUUCAAGGUCUGGUAUUUUCAAUCCGGUGUUUUGUCUCGAAUAGUCUCUCUCGCAGCGGUUUUUUGGAUGUCACGCAACAUUCCUCAAAAGAAGAACGUUGCGUGACAUCCAAAACUCGGUGCGAGGUAGACUAAGUCUCGAACCACUGUAGCCUUAUCAAUUCUGGAAUGUUUCUUGGAAUUUCUUUUUAAAACGGCAACUUCUUUGGUUUUCACCAAAACGGGCGCCUCGAGUUAGUAACUACCGUUCUUGUCAUUUUCUUUAAAUCUCUCUACUCAUUUCUUAAGGGAGAUUACCAAUGGGCAUAACUUGCUGGUGAGAGCUGUCCAAUCGUAAGGAGAAUUCCACUUUUAAUCAGGACCAUCAGUUUAUUCCUAAAUGAUAUACACGGAUGUGAUGGAUUUUAGUAACAUUUCGAGAAAUAAUAUUUCAUUUUCAAGUUAAUGGUCAACCUGAGUUAUGGCUUGUGGAAAGUGCCUUUAGAUGACACUUUAUGUCACUUUACGCCCGUUUGUAAAAACGAUUUUUACUGUUAUUCAGAACUGUCCAGCCAUAUAGUUUCUGGGAGAGAAAUGGAGAGUUAAGAGCUAAGCCAGGAGUUUUCCAAUGUUCGAGUUAUCCUAACCGAAGGCUUUUUUGUUCUUCUCCUAAGGUUUUGAAGGAAAUGGUUGAAUCGUUACAAGACAUUCAAGGAAUCUCGCGUGUUCUGUAUGAUUUGACCGCCAAACCGCCAGGAACAACAGAAUGGGAAUAAUUUAAUUGCAUUGAAACGACAGCAACCAUAUGAAGUGUAGCAUGCCUCUCUUCAUUAAGCACCGUAUUUAUUUGGAGCUCUGAUUUUAGCCUCGCCAGGGUUUGUGAAGGAACGGCACAGCCGUCCGUGCUAAGUUUGGGCUCCGUCACAACUGCACGCCAACAUCCCUAAGAAAGUCCUCUUGAAUGAAAAAGCAAAUUGUGCCUUUUGAAACAGGUCCCCACUGUUCAAAAGAUGAAUAUAGCGUUAUCCACCAGAAAAAUCGCUUUAUAACAGCGCGCGUGCUUGAACAAAAUCGUUAUUUACGCACGCCCGUGUGUAAAAUUUUUUCAUGAUGACUAGUUAAGCUGUGUUUUCCGUCUCUUUUCCUACACUGUAACUACUAAGUACCCAAAAAUCGACGGCAAUGAUGAAAAACUUUCUAGAUUUUUUUGGAAUUUAGCUUCUAUCCGCUCAAACCAACAGCAAAAGCGGUAGAGAUGUUUCGCAAAUAUAAAUGGAGCCUGGAUCGUUAAAAAGUCCGCGGUAAAGACUGACAUUCAGCUGGAAAAAGACCACACAUUUGUCUGUGUCGGGAAAUAUCCAAUUUGUAUAGUAUCCUCCGUUUUAACGCUUAUUUAUCCUUUAAAAAACAAGCUAAUUAGAAAGUAAACUCAAUAGCGAAAAAUUAUGCACUUUUGUUAUCGCCGAACAAUCCGACUGAAGCAAAAAAAUUUCUCUUGCAAUAACAAGAUAAAUUACACAAGAAGACAUAAAUUUAUUACUCACAAAAAAAAAACUACUGCCAGGUCUUCUCAAGAAGCCGUAAUGACCAGCCAUUGUUCGUGAAUGAAUAUAAAGAAGAAUGACAGUCGUCUUCGCUAAAAAACAAGUUUUCUGGAUUUCGCCAAGCAAAAUAUCAACAGUCUCACUGACAUCUUCUCAUCGAAUCCAAACCAUACUGCUCUACUUCUUACGAACAUGUGAGUAUUUUAACUUUUGGUGGACUUUAAGACUCUUUUACCUUUGUUUCUGCUUCGUUUCCAUUGAUCGUUAACGAACAAAUAAGCAAAUUUUCUUUCUUAGUUUUACAGAAAGAAUUUUCUUUCAAACUACGAUUGUGCGACUGUUUGUAACUUAACCAGCCAAUAGAAGCGUUUGUUUUUCUGUGUCACACGUUACGAUAGAUAUCAUUAAUUGACUCCGUGCUUUCGACAAAAAUGGUAGCGAGAGACCCCUGUGUGUCUCGAAACACUUUCGAAAAAAGAAGUAGGAGUUUCUAACGCGUAAUGGUGUGAUUUAGUAAGCUUUAACCACUUCUCACUGUUUUAAAGCCAGUAGACAUGGAUGAAUUUUAAGAGUUAAGGUAAAGAAUUGCUAUUACUAGAGAUACUCAAUGAAUUGUGUACUAAAAUCGGUCUGUUAAGUAACAAAAAAAAAUACUGUUGCUCUUUUAUCCUUGGGCAACUUCCCGACUUUCAGCCUUCCUAGUAAAUUUCCAGUAGCUCGCAGCAGCUUC